GCCCAAAAGAAGGAGGUAGGUAUAUUUAAGAGGUAGAAUAAGGCACUAGGGUUUCUCAUUGCCUAAAAGCUCUUAUUGCUCCCUGCCGCGCCGAAGCUCUCUAUUCGCAGUCGUUGCUUGAGGCUCUUCGCGUUCGGUCAUCAUGGGGAAAACACGUGGAAUGGGAGCAGCUCGCAAGCUGAAGGACCACCGCAGAAGGCAAAGGUGGGCUGACAAGUCAUACAAGAAGUCACAUCUUGGAAAUGAGUGGAAGAAGCCAUUUGCUGGAUCUUCCCAUGCUAAGGGCAUUGUUCUUGAGAAGAUUGGUAUUGAGGCUAAGCAGCCUAACUCUGCCAUUAGAAAGUGUGCUAGAGUCCAGCUUAUCAAGAAUGGGAAGAAGAUUGCUGCCUUUGUGCCCAACGAUGGUUGCUUGAACUACAUUGAAGAGAAUGACGAGGUGUUGAUUGCUGGGUUUGGACGUAAAGGUCAUGCUGUUGGUGAUAUUCCCGGAGUUAGGUUCAAGGUUGUGAAGGUCUCUGGGGUGUCUCUCUUGGCCUUGUUCAAGGAGAAGAAGGAGAAGCCAAGAUCUUAAGUGAUGUUUUAUCUGUUGUGCUGCAAAAAUGUUUUGAUUUAGAUACAAUUUUGUCAUCACUUUAAGACCAUGCUUGGUAAUCAGAUGCUUAAGUUUUAUUUUUUAAAAUUUCCAUGAUGGUUUCGUUUCUAAUCUCUUCUA